GCAAAUACCACUGGCUCUGUCUCCUCAGUCGCUUCAUGCCAUUUCAGAGAGACAGAGCCAAAGGGUUGAAGAAUGAAAGUCUUCGCAAGAAUUUUCCUGGGACUUUUUGUCCUUGAUUCUGCCUUGGCUGCUCCUACUCUAGAGUCCAUAAACUAUGACUCUGAAACUUAUGAUGCAACAUUGGAAGACCUGGAUAAUUUCUACAACUAUGAAAACCUACGUAUUGAUCAUUCUGAGAUUGAAAUUGUGACUAUGAUGCCUUCCGGGAACAGAGAGCUUCCAAGCCCACCACCACUGCCCCAAGAGCCAGAGGAGGAAGAAUCCACAGCCAAACUAAUUGAUGGCUCCUCCCCACACGGGCCAGAUUUCAUCAGUGUCCUUGGUCCUCAAACCAACGAAGACUUUCCCACUUGCCUCCUGUGCACCUGUAUGAGUACCACAGUCUACUGUGAUGACCAUGAACUUGACGCUGUCCCUCCUCUGCCUAAGAACACAGCCUAUUUCUAUUCCCGAUUUAAUAGAAUAAAAAAGAUCAACAAAAAUGAUUUUGCACAUCUGAGUGAUUUAAAAAGGAUUGAUUUGACAUCUAAUUUAAUAUCUGAGAUUGAUGAAGAUGCUUUCAGAGAACUUCCUCAGCUUCGGGAACUUGUUCUUCGUGACAAUAGAAUUAGGCAACUUCCAGAGUUACCAUCCACACUGACCUUCAUUGACAUCAGUAACAAUAGACUGGGGCGAAAAGGGAUAAAACAAGAAGCAUUUAAAGAUAUGUAUGAUCUCCAUCAUCUUUACAUUACGGAUAAUAAUUUGGACCACAUUCCACUACCACUGCCUGCAAAUCUCCGAGCUCUCCAUCUCCAGAACAACAACAUUCUAGAGAUGCACGAGGAUACCUUCUGCAAUGUCAAAAACUUGACUUACGUGCGCAAGGCUUUGGAAGACAUUCGGCUGGACGGGAAUCCCAUCAAUCUGAGUAAAACUCCUCAGGCAUACAUGUGUCUACCUCGUCUGCCAAUUGGUAGCCUUGUCUAAGCCAAAUUUGGGGCUAACAGCAAAAGAAUCAUGAUUAAUGUGCUCACACAGAACAAACUGUGUAUUGUUUGAAAAUUAGCAUUUGGAAGUUUGUUAUAUAUUAAAAUAAACCACAAACAAAUAAAGUGAGAAAAAUUCAAGAUAUAUGACAUCAGCAUAGAAAUGUGUAAAGCAAUACCAAACUUACAAGUUGAGCAAAUUUAAAUAGAAAACAUAUAGCAUUUUAUACUACAAAGUACUCACAUUUAAUUUACAAUAUGUAUGAUUUAAAGUUAAUUUUUCAGUCGAUGAAAAUUUAUUUUGAA